ACUGCUUCACACACUUUGACACAAUAAUUCUCACAUUUUUUUCUCAUUUUUUUUCUUCUCCGUGUGUGAAAUUGCCAAGGCGAAAUAGAUUACAGAGUGUGGCUGGUUGUAGAUGAGGAGCCUACUGCUGCAGCAGCUGCUGCUGCUGCUCGCGGCGGCGGUGGCGGCGGCGGCGCUGUCGCCGGACGGGGUGGCGCUGCUGGCGUUCAAGACGGCGGUGACGGAUGACCCGUCCGGGGCGCUGUCCGGGUGGUCCGACGCCGACGCCGACCCGUGCCGGUGGGCCGGGGUGACGUGCGCCAACACGUCGUCGUCGGGCGCCCGCGUCGUCGGCGUCGCCGUCGCCGGGAAGAACCUGUCCGGGUACGUGCCGUCCGUGCUCGGCUCGCUCGCGUUCCUCCGCCGGCUCAACCUUCACGGGAACCGGCUGUCCGGCACCGUCCCGCCGGCGCUGGCGAAUGCCACCUCGCUGCGCUCGCUGUUCCUCUACGGGAACAGCCUCACCGGCGGCCUCCCGCCGGAGCUCUGCGACCUGCCGCGGCUGCAGAACCUUGACCUGUCGGACAACUCGCUCAGCGGCGCGCUGCCGCCGGAGCUCGGGCGGUGCAAGCAGCUGCAGCGGCUGAUGCUCUCCGGUAACGGCCUCUCCGGCGAGAUACCGGCCACCGUCUGGCCGGAGAUGGUCAGCCUGCAGCUGCUCGACCUCUCGUCCAAUUCGCUCACCGGCGCCAUUCCACCGGAGCUCGGGAAGCUCGCCGCGCUCGCCGGCACGCUCAACCUCUCCAGGAACCACCUCUCCGGCGGGGUGCCACCGGAGCUUGGACACCUCCCGGCGACCGUCACGCUCGACCUCCGCUUCAAUAACCUCUCCGGCGAGAUCCCGCAGUCCGGGUCGCUCGCCAGCCAGGGCCCCACCGCCUUCCUCAACAACCCCGGCCUCUGCGGCUUCCCGCUCCAGGUCCCCUGCCGCGCUGCGGCGCCGUCGUCUUCCUCCCCGCCGCCGCCGUCCGCCGCCGGCUCCCUCACCGGCGCCGGCGGGCCCCGCCAGCCGAUAAAGACCAGCCUCAUCGUGCUCAUCUCGGUCGCCGACGCCGCAGGCGUGGCGCUCAUCGGCGUCAUCGUGGUGUACAUCUACUGGAAGCUCCGCGACCGCCGCGGCGACGGCGGCGGCGACGACGACGAGGAGGAAGGGAAGGGCCUCUUCCCCUGCCCGUGCAUGCGCGCCGACGACUCGUCGGACGGCUCGGACGGCGACGGCGACGCCAAGUGCAACAGUGGCGGCGGGGGCGGCGGCGAGGAAGGGGAGCUGGUGGCGAUCGACAAGGGGUUCCGGAUGGAGCUGGACGAGCUGCUGCGGUCGUCGGCGUACGUGCUGGGCAAGGGCGGGAAGGGGAUCGUGUACAAGGUGGUGGUGGGCAACGGCACGACGCCGGUGGCCGUGCGCAGGCUCGGCGGCGGCGCGGCGGCGCCGGAGAGGUACAAGGAGUUCGCGGCGGAGGCCGGCGCCAUCGGGCGCGUCCGCCACGCGAACGUGGUGCGGCUCCGCGCGUACUACUGGUCCGCCGACGAGAAGCUCGUCGUCACCGACUUCGUCAACAACGGCAACCUCGCCACGGCGCUCCGCGGGCGAUCGGGGCAGGCGAGCACGCUGUCGUGGUCGGUGCGGCUGCGGAUCGCCAAGGGCGCGGCGCGCGGCCUGGCGCACCUCCACGAGUGCAGCCCGCGGCGGUUCGUCCACGGCGAGGUCAAGCCCUCCAACAUCCUCCUCGACGCCGACUACAACGCGCUCCUCGCCGACUUCGGCCUCGCCCGCCUCCUCGCCAUCGUCGGCUGCGCCGACCCCUCCUCCGCCUCCGCCGCUGGUGGCAUCAUGGGCUGCGCGCUCCCACCUCCCUACGCCAAGCCCCCCGCCGCGACGGACCGGGGCCCCAGCGCCGCCUACCGCGCCCCAGAGGCCCGCGGCACCGGUGUCGGCGCGCGGCCGAGCCAGAAGUCCGACGUCUACUCGUUCGGCGUCGUGCUGCUCGAGCUGCUCACCGGCCGCCCCCCGGAGCACGGCGCCUCGCCGUCGGCGUCGGCGUCGGCCUCCUCAUCCGCGUCGUUCCCCGGGACGGCCGCCGCCGCCGCCGACCAGGCGCAGCAGGUAGCGGCGCCGGAGCUCGUGAGGUGGGUUCAGCGGGGGUUCGAGGACGCGCGGCCGCUGUCGGAGCUGGCCGACGCGGCGGUGCUGCGCGACGCCGGCGCGAGGAAGGAGGUGGUGGCGGCGUUCCACGUGGCGCUCGGCUGCGUGGAGGCGGAGCCGGAGCGGCGGCCGCGCAUGAAGGCCGUCGCCGACAGCCUCGACAAGAUUGGGUCGUGAGGAAGGAAGGCCGCCCGGAGCUGAGGGGGAUUUGAUUGGUUCCUCUAUAUAUAUUUUUUAUUUUUUUCUUAUUUUUUUCUGUUUUGUUUUUUUUUUACUUUAUUUUUUUCUUCCUUUUGCGCCAUUGUAAUUUCUGAAAAUGCAAUUGUUGUAGUAUAAUAUAGAAUGAGAACAAGUUUAUAUUUUUUAUCUGUGAAAUAGGUACCUGGGUACGAG